ACACAGUCCAAACUAAUAAACCAGAUGCCACCAUAACUACCAAAAUCUGGACGUUUGACCUAACCAAGCCAUUCACACCGUGAGUGCGUUAACGAACGCGUGAUCGUCCUUCUGUCAAUGACUAUAUACACAUCUCCCGAACAAAAAAGAUGGAUGCAGUCAUGCAUAGCCAAAAAAAAAAACUGAAAAUAAUAGGAGAAGAAACUGAGAACUUUAAAAAUCCCCGUGCUCCCCACAUUCCCACCCCAUGUCCGGAGCCCGUCGUCGUUGCGUUGCCUCGUUGGUUGUCAACCAGGACCAAACGCCCAGCACACCACCUGGCUGCCUCUCCAUCUUUGGCACUGCCCCCCACAUCGUCCCCUGCCUUCCCCCCGCCCCCACGCAGCACUCCGCGGGCCGGGGCCGCGCGGCCGCGAACGUCGCCACGGUCAUGGUCGCCAUGACGGAGCCGCGCGACCCGCCGACCGGCUGCGCCCUGUUCGGCAUCUACAACGGCAUGUUCCGCCGCCGCCGCUCCGCGUCCAUGACCUCCCUCCACAGGAUCAACGGGGCCGAGGCCGAGGCCGAGGCCGCGGCGCCGCCGAACCAGAAGCCCGCCGCGCACCGCGACUCCUCCCUCGCGCGCCGCCCCAGCGCCAUGCCCGUGCCGGCGGCGGCGCAGAACGGCAGGAGCAGGCCGGCCGCCAAGGCAGCGCCCGCCGCGGAGCCGGCGGCGGAGUACAGCGGCAUGGCCGCGGAGCUGGACAGGAUGAUCCUCGACCACCAGAGGGUCAAGGGCACCGCGCAGCUGGUGCGCGCCACCUCGGGCAACAUGAUGCUGCACCGCAACCUCGGCAACCUGAACGCGGGCGGCAGGGCGGCGAACGAGCGGAAGGCGCCCCACGGGUACGCGUCCUCCGGCAUGGGGAACAUCGUCAGGGAGCCCCGGCCGGCACCUGCAGCGGGGGGCCAGCUGUGCCGGGCGCUGUCGCACCGCACGGACCCCGAGAAGCUCAAGGAGAUGGGCAACGAGGAGUACCGCCAGGGGCACUACGCGGAGGCGGUGGCGCUCUACGACCAGGCCAUCAUCAUGGACGCCAGCCGCCCGGCGUACUGGAGCAACAAGGCGGCCGCGCUCGCCGCGCUCGGACGCCUCAUCGAGGCCGUCGCCGACUGCAAGGAGGCCGUCCGGAUCGAUCCUUCGUACGAUCGCGCGCACCACCGGCUUGCCGGCUUGUACCUCAGGUACCGAGAACCUGACAAAGCCAUCUACCACAUGAAGCAAUCCUCCAACGAAUCCGCGGGCGCAGACGUUUCCCGUGCGCAAUCGGUGAAGAGCCGCAUCGCCAGGAGCAACGACGCGCGCAGGCUCAAGAACUGGAUCACGGUGCUCCAGGAAGCGCAGGCCGCCGUGGCCGACGGCGCCGACUGUGCUCCGCAGGUGAUGGCGUUGCAAGCCGAGGCGUUGCUGAGGCUGCAACGGCACGACGAAGCCGACUCGCUUCUCAGCGGCGCCGGCGCGCCAAGGUUCGGGGUCGACGAGUCGACCAAGUUCUUCGGCACCUUCGGCCACGCCUACUUCCUCAUCGUGCGAGCUCAGGUCGACAUGGCUGCUGGAAGGUUCGAGGACGCGGUGGCGACGGCGCAGACGGCGUUUCAGCUGGACCCAAGCAACCGGGAGGUCUCGGUCGUUCAGAGGAGGGCCAAGGCGGCGGCCGCGGCGCGGCUGCGUGGCAACGACCUCUUCAAGGCCGCCAAGUUCGCGGAGGCGUGCGCCGCGUACGGCGAGGGCCUCGACAGGGAGCCCGGCAACGCCGUGCUGCUCUGCAACCGCGCGGCGUGCCACGCCAAGCUCGGGCGGCACGAGAAGGCCGUCGAGGACUGCAGCGCCGCGCUCGACGUGCGCCCCUCGUACAGCAAGGCGCGGCUCAGGAGGGCGGACUGCAACGUCAAGCUGGAGAGGUGGGAAGCGUCCUUGAGAGAUUACCAGGUGCUGGUCCAAGAACUGCCGGAGAAUGAGGACGUGAAGAAGGCUCUCUCUGAGGUCGAAGCCAAGCUCAAGGGCCAAAGGCAUGGGGCCGCAGCAGCCAGAUCUCAGCACUGACGUCAUGUUUUCUUUACUCUGUCGGCUACCAGAGAAAUCAACCGCGACUGCUUAAGACUUAAGAGGACAAGAUUUUCGAAAGAACAAUUCUGCAUGCGCCGAUGAACAAUUUGUUAUACCAAAUCUGUAUGUUUUUUUUGUCCACCAUAUACACCAAUUUGAAAAGGAGGUCAAGAGAUGGAACUGUACAUAAUACUUGCUCCAGUGUGAUGUAUAGUUAGUUGAAUGCGUUUGGUUCCUUGCGAAAAGAAAGCUGAUGUAUUUGGUUGCAGGGGUGCCGGUGACGGAUCCCAGAGAUUUGUAAGGUUUCAGUUUGGCUCUGAAAAUGACAACUACCGACUGAAGACUCUGCUCUAGAAAUGAA